AUGUCUACCCAAUUUUUUUCAAAUUUGAGUAGAAAUUAUAUUGAAAUAUUAAAAGAUAGUGAAUAUUAUGAUGUUACAAUUGAAGUUGGAGAAGAUCCAAAUGUAAAAAUAUUCCGAGCACAUAUGAAUAUUUUAUGUCACCGUUCUCCAUAUUUACGACGAGUUUUGGUUUCUAAUAAUAAAAAGAAUAAUAAUGACGGUGUCUUGUCUCAUACGAAAUUACCAAAUAUUUUACCAGAAACCUUUCAAAUUGUAUUAAAAUAUAUUUAUGGUGGAAUUCUUUCAUUAGAUGAAGAGAACACUCCAGAUAUUCUUAAAGUGCUGGUUGCAGCAGAUGAAUUAAUUCUUCAUGAGUUAGUUGAUUAUUUACAAACAUAUUUAAUUGAAAAUAAAGCGGAUUG